AAGUCUUGCCCUUUGAACGUUUGCUGCUCACGAUUCGGGUACUGUGGAAUAGGGUCUGAUUUCUGUUCUAACGGAUGCCAGAAUAAUUGUGUCCUGAAACCUGCUGUACCAGCCGGUAGAAACUCAGGCAGUGUGCUCAACAAGGUGAUUGGGUACUAUGAAGGAUGGACAAACGCACGCACUUGUUACGCAUUUCCUCCAAGCUCUAUUCCUACUGAUGGGCUCACACAUGUUAACUUUGCAUUCGCCUACAUUGACCCAGAGACGCAUCAGAUCAGCGUCAUGAGGUCUGACAUGCCAAUCUCUCUGUUUACUGAAACAGCUGAUCUCAGAACUCUCAACACUGGCGCUGGUGAUGUCGAAAUCUUUGUUUCCAUUGGCGGAUGGUCGUUCUCAGAUAACUUUACGGCUACUCAGCCAGUUUUCUCUGACAUUGCAGCAAGCGACACAAACCGGAAGAAAUUCGCCAAUAAUUUGGUCAGUUUUCUAAAAGAAUACGGGUUUGACGGUGUGGAUUUUGACUGGGAAUAUCCCGGAGCUCCCGACAGAGGUGGUAGGAAAGAAGACACGGAGAAUUAUGUCCUUCUCUUGCAGGCUGUGCGGGAAGCUUUUGAUGAUUCCUAUAGGUCAUUUGGGAUCACGUUUACAGCCCCCAGCUCCUACUGGUAUUUACAAUGGUUUGAUCUUCCAGGCAUGAUGAAGUACGCAGAUUGGAUCAACCUCAUGACCUAUGAUCUCCAUGGAGUUUGGGAUUCAACGGAUCCUAUUGGGAGCAUUGUACAGGCGCACACUAACCUUACUGAGAUCAAAGCAUCAAUAGAUCUUCUCUGGCGAGUGAACGUUCCCCCCGAGAGAGUCAUCAUUGGUCUCGGCUUCUAUGGCCGUUCUUUCACGUUAUCGGAUCCGUCUUGCGCAUCACCAGGUUGCCCAUUCUCUAGUGCUGCGGCUCCAGGCACAUGCUCAAAUAAUGCCGGUACACUAGCGUACUUCGAGAUCAUGGACAUUCUCGAAAAGCAGAGCCCUGAUGUGAUUUGGGACAAGACCAGCGCAGUCAAAUAUUUCCAAUAUGGAGCUAAUAGAGAUCAAUGGGUAAGCUACGAUGACAAGGAAACAUUUGCGCAAAAUAUAGAAUACGCCAACAGCGUUGGACUUGGAGGGGUGAUGGUUUGGUCCGUUGACCAGGACGACAUGCAUUUCAACGCUCUCAGGGGCCUCCUUGGCAAAGAUAUCAGCGGUAUUACCAGGAAUUCGGUCAUUUCCACUUCAGUAGCUGGUAGCUGGGCUAGUCAAAAUGGUCAACACUGCACCCAAACAGAUUGUCUCAGUGACUCGGACAUCGGAUCGUGGGGCAGUGGCUUUGCCAUCGCACCCAACGGCGGUCCGUUCAAGGAUAGCUGUGGAAGUGGGAAGAUUGGCUCCUGUGCCUGGUCUAAUGACGUUUCCUGUCCAUCUGGAAAGACUGGGGUUGCUAAAAGAAUCACCUAUGAGUCUGGUCCUACUGAAACUGUGGAUAAGGAUGUGAUCACAAUACACCAAACCUAUUGCUGUGAUUCCAGUUUCGAUGCUUGUCAUUGGAUUGGGAAGGGUACCUGCGACCAAAAUCAAUGCGCCGAUCUCUUACUCACUUCAUUUGCUGACAAAAUUCCCAAGUUCCCAACUUUACCACCCACUACCAACGUCCCAAAUUUCCACGUUGCGUCCAUUCAGAACUCGCCAUCAUCUUCUGGCUCAGACACUGUUAUUGGUGCUUUUGGGAUGGUGGUAAUCGACGGACCGCCAGACGUAGUGACUAGUCUUGCUGCACGGGACGAAUCACAUAUCCAAUUUUUAGAUUGUGAGCCGACUGAGAAGCGCGAUGGCAAGUCCAUCUACACAACUCGUUACAUUUGUAUGAACGACUCACCGCAAUCCAACUGCGGUGCAGUUCAUGAGGGUGGAGCCAAAGGCACCAUUGUGAAGCUCCCCGAGGGCUGUGGCUUCGCAACAUAUGGCGUCGUUAAAGAUAUCCGGUUAUCAACUAACCACACCGUUGACCACAAUUUACGGAAAAGAGCCCCAUCACCCAAUCCUGUGGUGUACGAAAUGGAUAUUUCAUACGACUAUUCUCUUGUCAAGCGUGACUCUGGAACUGUGUAUGUUCGUAUCGACUACGGUGACAGCCUUGGCUACUGGAAUGACAUUGUGUUAGGAAAAGCCAUUACGAAGAGAGGCAUGAACGAAUCCUUCGAUAAGCGUUUCUGGAGCCCAGAUCCGAAAACAUGGUUAGAAGAGCUUGCUCCAAUUCGCCUCAACGGUCAGCCUGCAGCGUACUCGCUAGAUCUGGAGCAGGAAGAUUUUUACCAACUUUUGUAUUCCCAAGACGAUUCAGCCAAAUGUGGUGGAAAAGAUGGCUUCAUGUCUAUUGAACUAGAUGGUUCAGUGAAAAAUGGAAUUCGAUUUGGGGUAACUAUGGUGGGGACGAUCGCUCCUGAAAUCAGCUUCGAAGAAGCGUAUGGGUUUUUCGAUGUCGACAUGAAUCUUACAGGUCGACUCAUGAUUAAUGGACAGGCCUCCAUCAACAUUGUUGGUAGUACAAAGCCUGGGUCUGUUUUUGCAACAGACCUUUCGAACUUUGGAUUUAGUGAACCAGGAAUAGUUUCAUUCACUCCCAAGAUGAACAUUGACGCGAGCAUGACCGGAAAUGGCCAGAUUUUCUCCGACCUCGUCCUUUACUUCAAUUCUGGAACCGAUGGCUAUGCACGAACAAACGCACCGUUGUCGCUAGGCGAAUUUCAAGGUGAUCUGGCCCGUCAUACAGGAUCCGAUCGUGGGUUCGGGUUUGCUGGUGGUUUGACCGGGUCCACGUCAGAACCUUUGUCCAAGAGAAACUCCGACACGACACUAUUGGGGGUGUAUCUGGAUAUGCGAACAUGGCUUGAUAUCGAUGUUUUCGGCAUGGGUACGAACGUGGAAGCCGCAGACGCAAAGUUUUCGGUAGAUGUUGGACACUAUUUUCGCAUUAUCAGCAGCAGCAGCAGCGGCAAUAUUAGUGUCAUCGGUGGUGAUAGCCAGGUCGGUGUUGAGGUUUAUUCCAGUGGAAUCUCGUCGGAAUGGGAGAAAGAUGACACAAGCCAUCUGGUUGGCUCUCCUGGAAUGCCAUUCAUUUAUAUGACCGGUCCUUCAUAUGCUGCGCCUUCCCGUACACCUCCCGACUGGGGCAGCGAUGGUGUAAUCGAUGGUGAUUACUUUGGCUGCACUAAUAAUGGUACGAAGCAGCUUAGGUGCUACGCGAGCAGUAAUAUGUCAAAAUUCGAUCCAGAUUGGCUCAUUGAUCCAGAAGAUGGCAAACCCAUCGAAAACGAGAAAACAACGAAGCGGGAUUCUUUUCCAUUCUCUGAGCUCCCAAUGGAACCAAGGGGCACUGGAAGUUCAAGAGAGUUUACCGUCACAACUCCUUCUGGCGCCACCUUCACUAUCGUUUCUCAUACAUAUCCAAAUGGGCAAAACGGUCUGUUUCUCCUGAGUGUCAAUCAAAACGCAGGCUAUUAUGAAUUAUCCAAUCCACUGAACUGCCAAGAUAUAACCGUUACUUCUGCUGGUGACCCAAAUUCUAGCUAUGUGACGGAACAUAUUGUCGAAUUAAGCACAUUUGGUCUGAUACUCGAAUGGAUGAUGCGUGGCAACUUCACUCAAAGUGACGGCACCGUUAUAAGAAGUUCUUUCACACCGGUUCGUGAAGAUGUAUUGAAUGUUUCAAGUAUCUUUCAGACGCCUUGGAAUCAAUGGUCAACUGUGAAUUCCGCAUCAACCCCGAUGGAUGACAUCUGGACCGCAUUUGGUGAUAGAACAAAUCCUAGCGUGCUUGUCAACUGCGAGAGUAAUUUCAACGGCGUCAAGAUGCAGAUUUGGCGAGGGAAUAACCCUAUGGCAGACACAACCUGGGAUGGAAACGACUUUGAUGAUACAAGCGAGAGAAGCGGCUACUUUUCAGCUCAGGGCGGCUUGUCCACCAUUCGUCUUGCAACUGCAAUUUUCUCCUACCUGAAUGAGCAGACAAUUCAUGCUAAUAUGGUGACCAUUUUGAAUUCCAUGCAUUCGACAUUCCAACGAUUUGAUCGUGAGGUCGCACCCACACUCGCUAUUAAUUCAGCGGGGAUUUUUUCGGAGUUCGUCUACUAUGUGCUAAUUCCAAGGCUUGAAGCAGUGCAGUCGUGGGCGGAAGAUCGCAUUCGAGGGAUGAUGAACGCGUGGCAGGCCGUACCAACAUCCUCCGCACAAGCGGAAGAUGCGCGAGAGAUAUUGGCAGCACUUGAAAAUCUCCUAGAUCAGAUGGAGGAUGCAAUUCUGAUUGAUACCGAAGGAUUUGACUUCAAACCACCUUCUCCUACAAGACGGGAUCAGGGCAAGCGCUCAUCGACAGGCGAGGCUACCAAUUAA